AGACUUGAGAAUGGAGCAGAAAAACAUGGAGGCCCCGCAAGUAUUUAACGCCAGGCUCACCCGCACCGCCGCGACACAACCAUGGAGGACGUGCUGUUUGACCUGGACCAGGACGUCGCCGCCGCCGACUUCGCCUUUUGGGGUCCCAUGGACCAGAACCCACAGUUCCAGACCCAGCUGGACACCUUCCUGCUGGACUGCACGGCGUCCGGCGAGCAGCUGUCGCCCUGGUCCUCCCUGGGCUGCCAGUCGGUGUUCCCGGAGGCCCAGCUCACCUUCACCGACCUGGACGUGCAGUCCCCGGCCGCCGCCGCCGCCGCCGCCGACGCGGCCGCCGAGUCGGACGACUUCUCCGGGGACGACGGCACGCCGCUGGCGGCCAAGCGCCACCACGGCCGGGCGGCGCACCGGCUGCAGGUGUCGCACCAGCCCUACAAGGUGCAGCGCCACGCCGCCAACAUCCGGGAGAGGAAGCGGAUGUUGAGCAUCAAUUCCGCCUUCGAGGAGCUUCGCUGCCACGUCCCGACGUUCCCUUACGAGAAGCGCCUGUCCAAGAUCGACACCCUCAGGCUGGCCAUCGCCUACAUCGCCCUCCUCCGGGAGAUCCUCCUGUCGGGCUGCGACCCCAAGUCGUACGUGGAUGAAUGCAUGAAGAACGGAUACAAGAACCAAACCAACGCCAUUUGGAACACCAGCGUGAGUUUAAUAUUACCUGAUAGUCGGAGGGGUGUCUCCACGGGUGUCUCAGGGGAGUCGACGGCAACUAUGGACACCACAAGCUCAGCUUUUCUCUGAUCUGACAGCCCGUCUCUCUUGGAUAAAGUGGGAUUAAGUUCAGGAGCUCGGGGCACCCCCAAUGAGGAGACCCCUCUCCAUGUCAAAGGCAGGCGGGCCGCCGUCAUGAUCGACAUCUGCAGACUUCUCACUGGGUCGCGCACCUCGGGCUCUCUCAACCCCCUCCCCAGCCCCGGUGCACUCCUUUCGCCGCCGUGUCUUUGAAUAUUGUAAUUUAUUGUUGACUGGUCAUUGGCAGCUGUUGCCAGUGAGGAAAGGGCGUCGGCAUUGUGUGCCCAAAUGGAUGGCACUUGUCACGCCAUGGGGUGGGGGAGGGGGGGUACUGGCACGAGACUCAAUGACUUCCAGGGCUCCUGCAUCCAGCGUUCAAGUGUUUUGAUUCACGAGUCUUCAUGUCAAUGUGUGAGAAAGAGCCUUGAUCAUGUAAAUGAGACGACGUGUUUUAGAAUGUCAGGUGCGUUUUGCAAAGGCGCCGACGUGCCUGCUUGUGUACAGUUUAUUUAUGUAUUUAUUUAUUUAUUUAUGUAUUUAUCGAGCUCCGAUCUUCUAUUUAUUUUUUUGAAAAAAAAAAAAAAAUGCACAUGUUGUAAUUUAUUGUUCUGUUAGUGACACAAUUGUGAUGAUUUUUUGCAUAUUUGUAAAUGCUGAUACACUGACUGACCCGGGAUCUUAUUAUGACUGCUUGCACAAUUUCAUGAGAUCCACGCCAUUAAUGUAAUAAAAACAUUCUGCCUUAAAGAAGUGAUGGAUUGACAGUCAUAAAGGGAAAUAUCAAUCA